AGAACUUAAUAAAGAGCCAGAGGCAUAGAGACGUACAAAGCCUUUCCAACAGGAGCCAAGGAAGCCUACUUCAAAGUAAAAUCUCUCUUCCUCUGUUUUGAGACGAGAAUGGUCGCUGAUAAUCAGUACAAGAAAGGGCUGUGGACAGAGGAGGAGGACCGGAUUCUACUGGAAUACGUUAGAGUGCACGGUAGAGGGAAGUGGAACUGCAUCUCUAAGACUACAGGUUUAAAGAGAUGUGGAAAGAGCUGUAGGUUAAGGUGGCUUAACUAUCUGAGCCCCACGGUGAAACGAGGUGGCUUCUCAGAGGAAGAAGAAGAUCUCAUUAUCAGACUCCAUAAUCUUCUUGGAAACAGGUGGUCGCUGAUUGCUGGGAGGGUGCCAGGAAGAACCGACAACCAAGUAAAGAACCACUGGAACACACACUUGUGCAAGAAACUUGGCCUCAAAGACCAAAAUACAAAGCUGCUUGAUAUUGUUGGUACCUCCAAAACACGCUACGCUACGCAUCAGGUGGAAGAUGAUCAGACUCAUAAAUUGAUCCAAGUCAUCAGGGCGGAUCAGAAUGUUCAUGAAAACCCUAUGACGACGACGACGACGAAUAUUACUACUACUACUACUGUCAGUACUCAUGAUCAUCAUCAUGAUGAGGAAUUAUCUAAUAUUGAAGUAACAGUACCGUGGAUGAGCGAGCUGCAUUUUGCUGAUCAAUCUGAAUCAUUGCAUUUGUCACCAGUUCAUGAUCAUACAAUUCUGGGCAGUCCCGGAUUCUGCGGCUUAGAGUUUCUAGAUCAUGGGUUCCCUUUUGACCUGGCAUGGCAUAGCUUUUGAUUUUGAUUUUGAUUUUCCCAAUCUUCUGAAUUAUGAAUAAUCGUACUUAUUUGUCAUUAAUAACCGACCCAUCACUAUUGGGAUAUGUAUUUUCUUUGCUAGCUAUAAUUAAAAGGAAUACAAGAUAUAAAUCAAGAGCCACCGGAUCGGAAAAGUGAGAUCCAUUAUUAAUUCCA